UACAGCUACAGAGGAAAGCAGCAGUGCAUUCCUUCAAGUGCAUCUCUUGACGUGUUCACCUGCUGUGAAGGUGUAAGUAGGAAAAUAUUUUAAACUUAAACUUAACUUAAACUUUAUUCUUAUUUUAUUCUAGGCUCCAGGUGAGGAGAGCAACCAGAUUAAAGAUUACUGUAAAAUACAAAGCGAAGGAAAACCAUGAGGGACACAUUGCGACCCAAGGACCUUGAUGCUCUCCAACAUGUUGAGAUACGUCCUACUGAUAUCUUCCUCAUCACAUACCUGAAGUCAGAGGGAUGGAAAGAAGCUCAAUUCAUUCAUCUGACUUCGUCUCCCAUGUGCUCUAACUUCAUCUACCAGGACCUUAGAGGGGAAGUUGUGAAGGUUUGUGCUUUCCUGGGAAAAGAUUUGACAGAUGAAGCCAUCGAUCAUGUUGUGGAGAUGUCCACCUUCAAAAACAUGAAGUCCGACCCCAAAGCAAACUACAAGGACUUAGUUGAAACCGACCGCUAUAAGAAGGAAACCAUGCGCAAAGGUGUGGCAGGUGACUGGAAGAAUUUCUUCACAGUGGCCCAGAAUUAACAUUUUGGCAAAGUGUUCAAGGAGGAGCUGAGAAACUUGCCUCUGACCUGCACCUGGGAGAUCAAACUGUAGCUCCUCUUAAAUUCAGCUCAGCGACAGAGAGACAGACUCAGAGACAGUCUCCCUCAACCAUGAUCUCAAAAGCAGCAAUUCACUCCCUCAGGGAUCCUUCCUACACACUUGAACCUCUGCGCAGGGACUGGCGGAAACCGGUCUCCAUCACAGUCAGAAAUUCACAUUUUACAAACAGUCUCCUCGUCCCGUUAUGUAUUUCAGUGUGAUUAGGGUUGGUUCACCCAAAUAACAAAACAUGCAAAUAGUUUUGGUUUUAUUUGUCCAGGUUUUGAGACAUUUGCUGCAAAGAUUUCUGCUGCCACAUCCAUAGAGUUGUGAAUUGGAAGGGGCUGCUGAUUCCAGACUUUCCCCCCAUUCUGUAUUCCCAUUUCAAUUUUUUCUUUCAACAAUAUCCUCCAUGUUACUUAACGUAUAAACCUUAACAUGGGAUACUGCUGUUCAUUUCCCGUUUCAGACUGACAGUCAGCAUUGUUGUUUUUUAAUAGCAUGACCACGAUUGUUCCACAACCUUAAAUGCGUGUUUAUUAUUGUAACCAUGACGACGAAGGCCCCCAAACCUUAAAAAAGUACUUAUUUUAUUUUGUCAUUUAAUGUGGAGGACUUGUUAGCCAGUCAGAGGCUCCACUCAGAGCUCUAGCAAAUUCACAACCCUUCGUCAUUGCCGUUGAGAGCCAAACAUGGCGCUACUGCUGCUCAGUUCAUCCAAAAUUGACCCAAAAUUUGGGUCAAGUUUUCUCAUCGCCGUAAUUUUUAGAUUUCUCCUGCCUUUAGUGGCACACGUGAGUUCAGUGGUUGUUAAUCUUAUGUACUGACAAUUCAAACUGUAGAAGUGCUUGAACAGUGAAUCAUUUUCUGACAACAUUGUCUAUGGGAAAAAUUUAUGGGACUUUUACUUCCAGAACCAGGGGAGCCCAAAUAGCUCCUCCCACUCCACAACUGUGUAAAAUGGAAGUGACUUUCAUUUGUGGUGCUCAGAGCAUUGAAAACUGGCAUUUAAAAAAAUUCAAAAGCAACACAUCUGGAUAAUAGACAGACCAUUUUUCAGCUGAGCUACUUUUUACCAAAGAAAAAGUCCUCCUUGGAAAAAUAUUUCUUCUCAACACAAACAUGGAGAAUAACUAACAAAUUGAACGAUUUAACUCUGUCCUAAAAACAACACUGGAACAGUGGAAAUAUUAAUUACACAAACCAAUGAUGAUAUAAGACAUAAGCAACAUGAGCAAACUUGGUGUUGAACUGAUUCAGUCAACUACAAUAACUGGCAUACUGCCAUGGUUUUGGGUUUUUGUCCUAUUAUUUCCUGUUUUAUUUUGUAAUAUUGUCCCUCCCUUAUGUGUCUGAUAGUUUUGCUUCCUGUCUUUGAUUGCUUUCAUUGUUUUCACCUGUGUCUCGUUGUCUCCCCUACCUGAGUGUAUUUAGUCAGUGUUCUUCUUUUGUUCUGUGUCAGGUAAUCAUUGUACCAUGUUCCCUGCGUUUGUCCCCACCAUUUCAGCGUGUUAUCGUCAGUCGUGUAUUUUUUGUGUACCUCUGUUUGGCUUUACCUUUGUUGGGCUCCUGUUAUUUUUUGUGUUGGUCUUUUAUUUUUGGAUUACUUACCUGAACUUCUCAUCCGAGUUUAAUUCAUUCCAUCCAAGUUGUGUUGUGUUGCCGUUUAAGUAAGGAAUAAACUCGUCUUUUGUUCUUCAACCUGCCUGCCUCAGUCCUGCAUUUGGGUCCUCUUUUUGAACUGAACAUGUCACAUACUUGAAUGUAAUUUGGAGGUUUGCUCUUCUUUUCUUCAAUAUCAUUGUAGAAUUAAAUGUUUUAUUAUUUUUAAUUAAGUUUAGUUGUAGGGUUAGAGUAGUAGGAGGAAAAGAGAAUUGUGAUAAAGGAAAAAGAUUUGUCUUGUGACAAGGGGGAUCGGGGGAAAAAAGAAAUUAUGAAGACUGUUGAUUACCAUGUGUGAAAAUAUGCUUUUCUGUAAUUUGGGUGAACUGACCCUUUAAUACAAAGCAGAAAUAAAUGAUCAAUUAACCAUACAAGUAGUGCAAUAGAUCACUAUAGCAGUGUUUGUUCAGGGCCGUGAUUCAGUGUCUCUCCACUUACUAUGUUAAUGUUUCAACCAUUUAUUUUCUGUAACUGCUGCAUUUUUGCUUUCUUCCAUUUUUCAUGUCACUGAAGAGUUCAAGUUUGUCGUCAUACUUUUAAGUACAAAGAAGUUCGAUGAAUAUAACCAUUAUAUAGGCAUGGUCAUUGUGUUGAUUUUACACCUCUUGUCUAGCCGGAGCUUUGAUGAGCCGUCAAUAAAUCCACCGGAAACAA